GGCGCUGGAGUGAUGCCUUCCCCGGCCUAUAGCAGUGAUUUCUUUCUCGGCUGUGUGCGUGUGGGAGGAGCCAACACGGAGGUGCAAAGUUACAUUUCCGCAUGUCAAUAAAAACAAGUUUCUAUAUUCAAGAACGAAGAGGAGCACAGGGUAACGCGCACCUGUUUUCUGCACUGCCUUCAAGUUUACACGUAAAGCUCACUUGUCUAGGUCACAUGAUCCCAGUCCCGGCAGGCAGACCGUCACCAGCGGUAAGGCGCUGCCUUCAAAUCCACCUCGGAGUUUUUUCAACCAGGAGAUUUUUUUUGUGGUUUAAAAUCAAGAAGCAGAGCAGACAGACGUGUACACAUGUUGCAGUUAGAGCAACAGUUUGACCUGCACACUGAUGUGGAGUCUGAAAUCUUCAGGAAGGAGGCGUCUGCCUGCAGGGUGACAGAAUACUCCGGUGCAGUGGAUGCUCGUAUCCUGAACAUUGAGAGUGAUGGGGGCAUCCUGUACUCUUGGAAGGGAGCAACAGGGACCACCAGGAUUGGGAAAUACAACUCCAACACCAAACAGAACAAGCUCCUGUACUCGUUUGACAAGCAGGUGUGCGUCAGCAGCUGUUCCCUGAACAUGGAGGAGACGCUGUUGGCUGUCAGCUUGGCACAAAAUGCCCCACCAGAAGAGCGCCUCAGACCAAUGUCAAAGUGUCUCACUCUCCUGAUUGAGAUCCAUCCCAUCAACAACACCAAAGUCCUCAAGGCGGUUGACUGCAGGGUCAAAGUGCAGUUCCUCCACCAGGACACUACCAGGAAGUCGGUGCUGGAGAGUCACCUGCUCCUGCUGACAGAAGAUGGAUAUGUGGAUCUGUACCAUGUUCUGCUGACCAAACAGGAGGGUUACAGAGUGGUGAUGGCGAAUCCCGAGCGCUUGUCCAAAACUGUGGAGAGGAUAGUGGAGGAUUUAAGUUGGGUCCAGUGGGACGGACACACACAAAGACUUUACUAUCUCACACACAAGGACAAGUUCAUCAUGCGGUGCGUUCAGUUCUACUCGCAACACAGCUGCGAAACAAUGAUGGAGCUCCCGUUAGAUUUGCCUGCCAAUGCUUUCCCCACCGUCAAAUUUGUAAGCCUGGGCUUUGAUCAUUAUCAUGUGGAGAGACCAGAGGAGGAGCCCUUGCGCAUGAUAGUGUUCACAAACAGAAUAGGGAGCAUGUGCAUCUGCUACAGCCAGCCUCUCCAAGACAAACAGGAAGUGCUAUACACUGUGGUUUUAGUCCACAAAGACUGCAGCAAGAUGUUCAGAGUUUCUCUGGGCAGCGAGCAGCCGCGGCAGGAAGUCACACACCUUCAUCCGCUUUUCAUCCCUAUGGGUUACUACACACUGGUAUAUCUGCAGGGUCAUUUCCUCCACUGUAUCAACACCAGGCAGGAGGAGAAGCUCUGUCACUCCCUCUUCUUCUCCGGUCACGAUGUGGACCUGGGCCUGCAGUGUCUGGCAGCUGAAGUCACAGUGUUGCAUUCAGAGGAAGAGUCAUGUGGGCAACUGCUGGACCUGGUCAGUGGGAAGAUCCACUCGGCUGAGCUCAGUUCUGCCUACCUGUUGCAGAUCCUGCGAUCAGAGACACCUUCGAGGUGUCGCAGUAGCAGCAGCAGCAGCAGCAGCAGCAGCAGCAGAAGCAGCAGCAAUGUUCACCCUCAGCACCUGGCCGCCCUCCACUGCCUGCUGGUUUACAUGGGAAACGACCCAAGCCUGGAGCUGCAGAUUAUUGAAUGGCUGUGUGACAACGUGAUUGCCUUCGAGUCCUUCGAUCAGAUCCAGGAGUUCAUUCUAGCAUCUUUGUACAGAAUAAGCUACAACAAGUCUGUCAGCCUGGAUAAAGUCCUGCCUUACUCCUCUGUAUUCGACAUGAAGGACGUACCGGUGUGUUUGCUGGAAAUCCCUGGUGUCUUGUGUAGCACUGAGCUGCAUAUUAAGGCUGCGCUGAAAGGAAAGGGUCUCCAUGGUUUCUGGACAGAGCUGCAGUGGAACACAGAGAGGACAAAAUAUCUGGAUGCUGUUCCCAACCCCAGAUACAGAACAUCACACAUAAAGGCUGACUGGGACAAACUGAGGUCUGAAAGGAAACCGUCCAGCCACAUGAAUCACAUUGAGGAGAACACAAAGAAAGUUCUGUCGAUGGUGGAUACCUGGUGUCUCGAUAAGAAGCUGGUGCCACUUUUCCAGGAGGAGGACCAUCAACAGAGGGUGCUCAUAGGCCUGACGGUUGACAAGCUGCGAGAGCAUCUCAACAGGCACCUGCCUCGACUGGGAAAGAAGAAGACUGACUCACUGGUUGUCUGCUAUGUAGCCAAACUGCUGGAACUCAUCAGACACAUGGUGGAGUCAGUCUGGCUGAAGUAUGAACUUGGCCCUCGUGCUCUGUGCUUGAAACAGCAGGCCAGUUCAGCCGAAUGGUCCGUGUUUCACUUCAUGUUUCGGAUCCUGGAGGCCACGAGGGGUCUCUGCCUGCCAUUCCCACCUGGUUUCCACACGCUCGUGGCAGUGUUUGCCGUGCGCUGCCUCCCUCAUCACAUCUUCCUGCAGUACAUUGAUCACGGCUUCCUCCAGCUCACUGAAACAUUUUUGUCUCGGCUCAUGACGGAUUUGGACAACAGCGAUGCCAAUGAGAGACUCAAGUUCAGCAUACUGAAGAGACUACCUGAGCCCAUGGAGCAGAGGAUCUAUCAUAUGUGGGACCAUCCCGUCAGUUCAGCUUCAAUCUCCAGAGAGUACGUCAGGAACCUGCUGGAGAAACACGACAAAAACAAGGGAUUUGCAUUCACUGGCAGAGACAAGUCCAGCUUCAGACCGGAGUUUCUGCCUCUCUCCUACCUGGCAAAAGUACUCUCAGAUAUAGAAGAACAAGCCCUGAACCCUUUCGAGGAGCAGGAGAACGUGGACGCCAGCUUCGUGGAGGAGACGGCCCUGAAGCAGACGCUGAUCCUGCUGGGCUUCGAGGAGAAAUGAAGAAUGUGUGGAGGAAGGCAGGCGGGCGGGC